AUGAAGCUGGCUCUCCUCCUGCCCUGGGCGUGCUGCUGCCUCUGCGGGUCGGCGCUGGCCACCGGCUUUCUCUACCCCUUCCCGGCCGCAGCCCUGCAGCAGCACGGUUACCCCGAUGCCGGCGCCGGCUCCCCGGGCAGCGGCUACGGGAGCCGCCGGCAUUGGUGCCAUCACACGGUGACAAGGACUGUGUCCUGCCAGGUGCAGAACGGCUCAGAGACAGUGGUCCAGCGCGUGUACCAGAGCUGCCGGUGGCCUGGGCCCUGUGCCAACCUUGUGAGGACUCUGAUCAGACCCACGUACAGAGUGUCCUACCGCACGGUGACGGCGCUGGAGUGGAGAUGCUGUCCCGGCUUUACAGGGAGCAACUGUGACGAGGAAUGCAUGAACUGUACCCGGCUUAGCGACAUGAGUGAGCGGCUGACCACGCUGGAGGCCAAGGUUCUCUUGCUAGAAGCAGCAGAGCAGACCUCCGGCCCCGACAACGAUCUGCCGGCCCCCCAGAGCACCCCGCCGACUUGGAACGAGGACUUCCUCCCUGAUGCCAUCCCCCUUGCCCACCCGGGGCCUCGGAGGAGAAGGCCCACGGGCCCCGUGGGGCCCCCAGGGCAGACGGGACCCCCAGGGCCUGCAGGGCCCCCAGGCUCCAAAGGCGACAGAGGCCAGGCAGGGGAGAAGGGCCCAGCAGGGCCUCCUGGCCUCUUGGGGCCGCCAGGGCCCCGCGGGCUCCCUGGAGAGACAGGGCGCCCUGGCCCCCCUGGCCCCCCUGGCCCCGCAGGCAGCCCGGGCCUCCCUCCGAACAUCCCCCAAGGCGUCCUGUACUCCCUGCAGCCACCUACGGACAAGGACAAUGGAGACGUGCAGCUGGCUUCUGCUGCUGUGGACACAGUGCUGGCCGGCAUCCCAGGGCCCCGGGGCCCGCCUGGCCCUCCGGGUCCACCAGGGCCACAUGGUCCCCCGGGGCCCCCAGGUGCACCUGGAUCCCAGGGCCUGGCUGGAGAGCGGGGCACAGUGGGGCCGUCUGGCGAGCCUGGCGGGAAGGGGGACGAAGAGGAGAAGGCCACCGCUGAGGGCGAGGGGGUGCAGCAGCUGCGCGAGGCCCUGAAGAUCCUGGCCGAGCGGGUCCUCAUCCUGGAGCACAUGAUUGGAAUCCACGAUCCGCUGGCCUCCCCAGAGGGGGGCUCUGGCCAGGACGCUGCCCUGAGAGCCAGCCUCAAGAUGAAGCGUGGGGGUCCCCCUCCCGACGCCUCCCUUGCUGCCCUGCUUGACCCUGACCACGGGCGGAAGAGCACUGGUGCUGGGAAGUCAAAUUGGCAGUGCCCACCGCGGCCUCCCAGUCUCUCGGAACCUCCCGCCCGGCCGGGCCUGCUGCCUCCCGAGCUGUGAGGACGCAGUGCGAGCCCUGACGGGGCCGGCCGCGCAGCCCUGCCCUCUCUGGGAGCUCCAGGAAGCUGCAGCACCGUGUCUGGGUUCCUUCAAGUCCAGCGUCCCCCUGACAACCAGAGAACUGCCGAGCCCAGGCCCCCCGGGCUGGGUGCUCCAGACAGGCUCUAGAGCGGAAGCCCGGUUCCCCGUGCCCCAGUGCCACUCACCACAGCCCUCAAGGCCACUCAGGCCAGGGUCCCCUGCCACCUGAACUGACCCGGGUGCUCCUUCCUCGCUGGGGCAGGACCCAGGGCCUGGGACUCAGCAAACUCAGAUUUCUAGGUGCUGGCGCCACUGUGGGGCACAUCUCCCAGAGCCCGGCCCCAGCCCUGGUGCCCCUGGGAGCGGUGGCCUGCCCCAGCCUGGAGACCUCCCCUGCCCCAGGCUCCGGUGGUCCCUGGGGAGCAGGGCUGGUGGGGGGUCAGGUACAGCGCUCCGUCCUUGAGGUGGGCAGGGGCGAGCAGGAGUCCAUGGCGCCCCGACAAUAAAGGUGC